CAGAGGUGAUCUUGCGCGCACCUCGUCAGUCCCGAGAACACUUCUCUUUUAGACGCUGACCACAACAGAAGUACCACAAGAGAUGUUUAAGACAAGAGUUUAUGUUAUCGGCGUUGGCAUGACCAAGUUCGAGAAACCUGGUCGCCGUGCCGAUGUUUGUUAUCCGGACUUUGCCAAGGAGGCCGUUACAAAGGCUCUGCAGGAUGCCAAGCUGCAAUAUUCCGAUGUGCAACAGGCUGUCUGCGGAUAUGUCUAUGGUGACUCCACAAGUGGCCAGCGAGCACUCUACGAAGUGGGCAUGACUGGCAUCCCAGUCUACAAUGUGAACAACAACUGCUCCACGGGAUCGAGUGCCUUGUACCUGGGCAAGCAGAUCAUCGAAUCGGGCAGCGCGGACUGUGUCCUUGCCUUGGGCUUCGAGAAAAUGGAACGUGGCUCGUUGGCCGCGAAGUACUUUGACCGGGCUAACCCUAUGGAGCGACAUAUCACUGAAAUGGGCGAACUGACUGAAAUUGGGGCUGGGCCAAUGGCAGCUCAGAUCUUUGGCAAUGCUGGCAAGGAGCACAUGAAGAAGUAUGGCACAAAACCGGAACACUUUGGCAAGAUUGCUUGGAAGAACCACAAGCAUUCUGUUAAUAAUCCGUACUCACAGUUCCGGGAUGAAUACACGCUGGAGCAGAUUAUGAAGUCGCCGCAGGUGGUCGAGGGAGUGCUGACGAAGCUGCAAUGCUGCCCUACCUCUGAUGGCUCUGGUGCUGCAAUUCUGGCCUCUGAACAGUUUGUGCGUCGUCAUGGACUGGAGAAGCAGGCUGUGGAGAUUGUCGGCAUGGAAAUGGCCAGUGAUCCAGAAUCCACCUUCGCUGAUAAGAGCUUGAUAAAGAUUGCUGGCUAUGAUAUGACCCGUCUGGCUACGGAACGCCUGUUCGCUAAGAGCGGAUACAAACCACAGGAUGUGCAGGUCGUGGAGCUGCACGACUGCUUCUCGGCCAACGAACUAGUCACCUACGAAGCCUUGGGUCUCUGUGGCGAGGGCAAGGCUGGCGAGUUCAUCGAUCGCGGUGAUAACACAUACGGUGGUAAAUUUGUGGUCAAUCCCAGCGGAGGCCUCAUCUCCAAGGGUCAUCCGCUUGGUGCCACUGGCUUGGCUCAAUGUGCUGAGCUGUGCUGGCAGCUGCGUGGCCUGGCCGAGAAGCGGCAAGUGAAUGGUGUCAAGUUGGCUCUGCAGCACAAUUUGGGAUUGGGUGGUGCCGUCGUGGUUGGUCUCUAUCGGUUGGGUUUCCCGGGAGCUACAAAAGCGAAGUUGUAAAUAGUUUACUCAUUUUGUAAAUAAAUCACAUUGAAUUUUUAUAAAUUUAAA